AUGAUUAUUCAACCCAAUAACUUUCAUAGUCUCAGAACCAAAUAUUAGCCUGAGUUACCACAAUUAUUGUAAUUGGAAGAGUUGGACACCAAAACAGAGACAAUUUAAGUGAAUCCUCAAAUUCGAGAAAUGUUUCCCUUUUUGUGCAAGGAAGAAGUUAAGGCAGUCGCAUUUUAAGCUGCAAAUGCUAAUGAGAAUACAAUAAGAGCACCUUUGAGAAUUGGUUGUGUGCUCUCAGGAGGUUAAGCAGCUGGUGGUCACAACGUCAUAGUGGGGAUUUAUGAACAAAUAAAGAGAAGACAUCCAAAUAGUUAAUUGUUUGGAUUUUUGAAGGGGCCAAUUGGUAUUUACUCAGGCAAGUACGAGGAAUUGAAAGAUGAUACUAUCAAUUAUUUCAAGAAUAGAGGAGGGUUCGAUAUGAUUCAAAGUGGAAGACACAAGAUUGAAACAGAAGAACAAUUCAAGAAGUCUCUUCAAUAUUGUUAAUCAUUAAAACUAGAUGGUUUGGUAGUGAUCGGAGGAGAUGACUCAAACACUAAUGCUUGCUUAUUGGCAGAGUAUUUCUUGAAGAAUAAUUGUUAAACAAGUGUUGUUGGUUGUCCAAAGACAAUUGAUGGAGAUCUAAAGAAUGAGUUUGUUGAAGUAAGUUUUGGAUUUGACACAGCAUGUAAAACAUACAGUGAACUUAUUGGAAAUAUCAUGUUGGAUACUGUAUCCUCUAAGAAAUACUAUCACUUCAUCCGUUUGAUGGGUAGAUCUGCAUCUCAUAUUGCAUUGGAGUGUGCACUUUUAACAAGACCCACUUGGGCUUAUAUUGGAGAGGAAGUAGAGAAGAAUAAGACCUCAUUGACAUAAAUAGUUACUUAAUUGAGCGAUUUGAUUGAGAAGAGAUAUAAGUAAAAUAAGAAUCAUGGAGUCAUUUUAGUACCAGAAGGAUUGAUUGAGUUUAUCGAUGAAGUAAAGAUAUUGAUCAAAGAAAUUAAUACAAUAUUGGCAGCUAACAAAUGGGAACCAGAUUAAGUAUUUAAUAAUAUCUUGACUAAAUUAACACCUGAAUCAUCAAAACUAUUAGAAUUCUUACCAAGGAGUAUUAGUGAUUAAUUGUUACUUGAUCGUGAUCCACAUGGAAAUGUUCAAGUGGCUAAAAUUGAAACUGAAAAGCUAUUGAUUGAGAUGGUUAAAGCUGAAUUGGAAAGAAGAAAGUAUGGUGGUAAAUUCUCAGCCAUCAGUCAUUAUUAUGGAUAUGAAGGUAGAUGUGCAUUCCCUACUAAAUUUGAUUGCGAUUAUUGUUACAGUUUGGGUGUUAAUGCAGCUAUCUUAAUUGAGAAUAAAUUCACUGGAGUUAUGAGUUGCAUUCGUGAUUUACACAAAAGUCCAUCUGAAUGGAAUGCUGCUGGUUUCCCAUUGGUAACUAUGAUGGAUGUGGAGACUAGAAAAGGGAAAUCUGUUCCAGUCAUUAAAAAAGCAUUAGUUGAUCUUGAUGGACCACUAUUCAAAUUCUAUUAAUCAAAUAGAGAGAAAUGGGCAUUCCAUGAUUAUUAUCAUCCUGUUGGACCAAUCUAAUUCGAAGGUGAUUAAGUACCUCCCUUCCUUAUCAAUGGCAAAGGAUUUGAAUUUGAAGAAGUGGACAAUAAAAUUUAUGAGCAAAAACCUUAUGAAGAAAUGCAUCUUAGAAAUUUAUCAAAGUUGGGAUUGGACAGAUCAAAUACUCCUUUGUCUCUCCCAAAACACCUAAAUCUUAAGUUAAGUCUUAAGGUCAUCCAUCACAACUACAGUGAUAAUGUCAUGAAAGCCAUUGAAAAGCAUUUUCCAUCUCUUAUGGCCAAAAGUAUAAAUGCAUUCCAACUUUUACACGAUGAUGCUCAUGAAGCACAUAAUAAACCAUUAAGAAUUGGUAUUACAUUGAAUGGUCGACAAUCUCCAGGAGCAAAUUGCAUCAUUAGAGGAUUAUUGGCAUUGUGUGAGUAAAGUGGAUCUACAUUAUAUGGAUUCAUUGGAGGUACCUAAGGUCUAUUCAAAUAAGAAUAUCUUGAAAUCAAUUAGAAUAGUCUACAAUACUAUAUUAACUAAGGUGGAUAUCAUUAUCUAGGUCGUACUGCAGAUAAAAUGAGAUCUGUAUAAGAAUUACAAUAAGUUAAAGAAACUUGCAACAUCCUAUCUUUAGAUGGAUUAGUUGUAGUAGGUGCUUCACACACACUCACAGAUUGCAUAAUAGUUGCCAACUAUUUACUGUAAGAGAAUGUCAAGACCAGAGUUAUUGGAGUUCCAUGCACAGUCGAUAAUAAUAUUGGCCAUCCAUUUUUAGAAGGCAUUGUUGGUUUUGACACUGCUUCUAAGACCUAUUCCUAAAUGAUCGGUAAUAUCAUGAUAGAUGCUGCCAGUGCUGUCAAAUAUUGGUACUUCAUUAGAUUAAUGGGAAGAGAUCCUUCACAUCUUGUGUUAGAAUGUGCACUUUAAACUCAUCCAAAUGUUGUUCUCAUCAGUGAAGAUAUUAAAGAAAGAGGACUUACUUUACAAGAAGUGGUCUCAGAAAUUGCAGAUGUGGUUGUACUUAGAUCAUAGAAAAAUAAAGAAUUUGGUACUGUUCUUGUACCUGAAGGUUUAUUGGCCCACAUUGGAUAAUUCAAAUAAUUAAUUACGGAAUUGGAUAAGCAUUUCGCAACCAAUAAACAGGAUAUAAUGAAUAAUUUAACUCCUUGGUCUGCAGCUCUAUUCUAAUCCCUCCCAGAUUUCACUUAACAGUAGUUGCUUAUGGAAAGAGAAGUACAUGGAGGCAUCCAAUUAUCGCAAAUUGAAACUGAGAGAUUAUUAGCUCAUUUGGUUGCUGAAGAACUCAAAGUCAGAAAAGCAGAAUCAAAAUACAAGGGUUCAUUUUCACCUAUUUGUCACUUUUUCGGAUAUCAAGGUAGAUGCGCAUUCCCUACUCGAUUCGAUGCCAAGUUAGGAGAAGUCUAUGGUUAUUUGGCAGGUUUAAGCAUCUAAAGAGGAUUGACUGGCUAUUGUGUUUCUGCCAGAGGAAUUGCAGGUCCCAUUGAGAGAUGGCAUUUCAAUUUAAUCCCACUCUUAGGAAUGAUAUCCAUCAAAUAGAAGAGUGCAUAUGGAGAAGCAUAACCUAUUAUUGCUAGUUAUGAAGUGGAUUUGAAAUAGUCGCUCUUUAAACAUUUCAGCCAGAUUUCUAAGAAUUGGUAUUUGAAAGAUCACUAUGAGAAUCCAGGCCCAAUCUAAUUCUAUGGACCUAUGGCUCGUAGACCAACUUUGACUGUUGAAUUGAGCUAUAAAUGCUACGUGGAUUAGAUUGAGGAGAUUGAGCGCCUAGUCGAGGUGAUAUCUGAACAAUGCAGAUUUGAAACCAGGGCUGACUUGCUUGAUUUAGCUAUUGCUCAAUUGAAAGCUUUGGCUAGAACAAUAGAAGUAGUGAAGGAGGCAAAACAGUGA